AAUGUUGACAGCUGAUGAUCUCUGCGUAAACAAUCACAAAAAUGGCGGCGAGAGGCGCACACAUAACGCCGAACGUCGAAGUAAAGCCUUCUUUAUUCGAGGUUUUAGCGGCAGAUUCACUGAACGGAACAUUCUAUCCUGCAAUUAAACGGGUGGUCGAUUUUUUAGCCACGGUGAAACCUACGGCAUUUGGAGGGCUCGUCCGGUAUUAUGACGAAUUUUAUUUGCUGUUCAACAGCCUCACCCAGGGGUAUUAUCUUAAGAAUUACGGUGGAUCACUGGCGGAAAUAUUUUACGGACUUGCAAGAACAUCGCUGCGCAGCAAAACAUUCACCACGCCGGAUCGCAACUGGUCGUUCGUAGUGCUGGUGCUGGUGCCGUACAUCGUGCGCAAGCUAGAAAAAGCCUGUGACCGGUGGAGGGAGGAUUAUGAAAACGGAAAACACGUGCCGGCGAACCGUAAGCUGCUGUUCCGAUUGCUACCGUAUGCAAAGGCAUGCUACGAAAGUGUGAAGCUCGUUCACUAUGUGUCGUACUUGGCCAACGUUACCCGGACCCAUUCGCCUUCGUUGCAAAUGUUAAGGCUAGGGUUAACUUACCUUCCAGAACAGGAAGAAAGUUGGUCGUUUAGAGAUGCGCUGCACGGGCAAGUGAGGGUGGCAACAAUGUUGAGCUCCGCUCUGUUGCGCUGGUUGGAAUUGUCUGCCUUUUUCCUGCAGUUCAUCGAGUGGUGGCAGACGGAAGCGAAUAUCGGUGAUCUCUCGAAGCUGCCAAUACCGGAUGCACCCGAGCCGGACGCCAAUGCGGGGAAGUACGCAAACGUGUGUCCCAUUUGUCUGCAAAAGCACAUCAUUCCUACGGCGGUAUCCGUUUCUGGAUAUGUUUAUUGUUAUCGUUGCAUUGUUACACAUCUGCAGGCCGAAAGCAGAUGUCCCGUCACCAAGUAUCCUGCCACCAUGAACGAUUUAAUCGGAAUUUUUACCGGUGAUGAUGACUGAUUUGUUAAUUAUGUUUGCAUAAUGCGUUGCAUAGAUCAAAUGGUUUACGGGGAAUUUAUUGUAAGGAAAGGAAAAAAAUCAAGGGCACAAAUGGAUAGUCGAUAAGGUGGCCAAAAGUCUGGUAAAUUGAUAAAACAUACACACUUCCAAAGAUAAA